UCUUUGAAUGUGCAUUGUUACGAGGAAACCUUUUAAGAAGGGCAGCGUGGUAUGCGUUCAGCGCGCGCUUAUGUGUUGUGAGCUACUUUGUGGAACCCCUAGUAAUUAGUUGUUUUAAGGAUAUUUUGCUCAUCAUCUGGUUACCCUGAUAUGUCGGAAGUACAAGAGAACAUAAUGUUGGGAGAACCACAGACAGUAGUAAAUACAGAUGUGGAGUUUAUUAAUGAAGAGAAGGAAGGUGAAAACCAAGACGAUGAAAAAGAAGAGAAGCAGGAAGCAGAUGUGCCUUCUAUGAUUGAAGAGGAAACUGCUGACAAUGAGGAUGACCACGCAACUCCAAUGGAAGCAGAAGAAGAAGAAGGAGGAGAAGAUGAAGAUCCUGCUUAUGAAGAGAGAAGGAAGACUGAUCGGGGCAACAGAUUUGAGUACUUAUUGAAGCAGACUGAACUUUUUGCUCAUUUCAUCCAACCCGCUGCCCAGAAGACCCCCACUUCACCUUUAAAAAUGAAACCUGGUCGACCACGGUUAAAGAACGAUGAGAAGCAGAGCUUGCUGUCCGCUGGAGAUGCCAGACAUCGACGGACAGAGCAAGAAGAAGAUGAGGAGCUGCUGUCAGAAAGUUCAAAAACAACUAGUGUGUGUACUAGAUUUGAAGAAUCGCCUUCAUAUGUCAAGGGAGGAACUCUGAGAGAUUAUCAAGUCCGUGGGCUGAAUUGGCUCAUUUCAUUGUACGAGAAUGGCAUCAAUGGUAUCUUGGCUGAUGAAAUGGGCCUUGGAAAGACACUGCAAACCAUUGCUCUUCUUGGAUACAUGAAACACUACAGAAACAUUCCAGGGCCACAUAUGGUGUUGGUUCCAAAGUCCACACUACAUAACUGGAUGAAUGAGUUCAAAAGAUGGGUGCCAACACUUAAAGCUGUUUGCCUUUUAGGAGACAAAGAGCAAAGGGCUAUCUUUAUUCGUGAAGUGCUGCUACCUGGGGAAUGGGACGUGUGUGUGACAUCAUAUGAAAUGCUUAUCAGAGAAAAAGCUGUAUUUAAAAAGUUUAACUGGCGAUAUCUUGUAAUUGAUGAAGCCCACAGGAUUAAAAAUGAAAAAUCAAAGCUUUCAGAAAUUGUGCGGGAGUAUAAAACAACGAAUAGGCUGCUGCUGACAGGAACUCCUCUUCAGAACAACUUGCAUGAACUUUGGGCACUUCUUAACUUUUUGCUGCCUGAUGUCUUUAACUCCGCUGAGGAUUUUGAUUCAUGGUUUGAUACAAACAAUUGCCUUGGUGACCAAAAACUUGUUGAACGUCUGCACAUGGUACUGAAACCUUUCCUGCUUCGGCGUAUUAAAGCUGAUGUAGAGAAAAGUUUACCACCAAAGAAGGAGGCAAAGAUCUAUGUGGGCCUUAGUAAGAUGCAGAGGGAAUGGUAUACAAAGAUUUUAAUGAAGGACAUAGACAUACUGAAUUCAUCAGGAAAACUAGAUAAAAUGAGGCUUUUGAACAUUCUGAUGCAGCUGCGCAAGUGCUGUAACCAUGCUUAUCUUUUUGAUGGAGCAGAACCCGGUCCACCUUACACAACAGAUACACAUUUGGUGCUAAACAGUGGCAAGAUGGUAGUGCUGGAUAAACUUUUACCAAAGCUAAAAGAACAAGGUUCACGUGUGCUAAUCUUCAGUCAGAUGACCAGAUUGUUAGACAUCUUGGAGGAUUACUGCAUGUGGAGGGGUUAUGAGUACUGUAGAUUAGAUGGUCAAACACCUCAUGAAGAGAGACAGGACUCUAUUUCCAAGUAUAAUGAACCUGGCAGUAGCAAGUUCAUCUUUAUGUUGAGUACUCGUGCUGGUGGCCUGGGGAUUAACCUUGCUACUGCUGACGUGGUUAUCUUGUAUGAUUCAGACUGGAAUCCACAAGUAGAUCUUCAAGCUAUGGAUCGAGCUCACAGAAUUGGCCAGACAAAAACUGUUAGGGUGUUUAGAUUUAUUACCGAUAACACAGUAGAAGAAAGAAUAGUUGAACGUGCAGAGAUGAAACUCCGUUUGGACUCAAUUGUUAUUCAGCAGGGAAGGUUAAUAGAUCAGAACCUAAAGAUGGGCAAAGACGAAAUGCUACAAAUGAUUAGGCAUGGUGCUACACACGUGUUUGCUUCAAAGGACAGUGAAAUCACAGAUGAAGAGAUAGAUGUUAUAUUAGAAAGAGGUGAAAAAAAGACUGCCGAAUUGAAUGAAAAAUUCUCUAAAAUGGGUGAAAGCUCUCUCAGAAAUUUCACUUUGGAAACAGAGUCCAGUGUAUACACCUUUGAAGGUGAAGAUUACAGGGAAAAACAAAAGCUGGCAUUUACAGAAUGGAUUGAGCCACCUAAACGAGAACGAAAAGCAAACUAUGCAGUUGAUGCCUACUUCCGAGAAGCACUUCGUGUCAGUGAGCCUAAAGCACCUAAGGCCCCUCGACCGCCAAAGCAACCCAAUGUCCAGGAUUUCCAGUUCUUCCCACCUCGUCUCUUUGAGCUACUUGAAAAAGAAAUCUUGUAUUACAGAAAAACGAUAGGAUACAAGGUACCGCGCAAUCCAGAACUUGCAAAUGCUGUCCAGUCACAGAAAGAAGAACAGCUUAAAAUUGAUGAAGCAGAACCUCUUAAUGAUGAAGAGUUAGAAGAAAAAGAGAAACUUCUUACCCAGGGAUUCACAAAUUGGAACAAGAGGGACUUCAACCAGUUUGUCAAGGCAAAUGAAAAAUGGGGCCGUGACGACAUAGAAAAUAUUGCAAGAGAAGUAGAAGGCAAAACACCAGAGGAAGUUAUGGAGUAUUCUGCUGUGUUCUGGGAAAGAUGCAAUGAACUUCAAGACAUUGAAAAGAUAAUGGCUCAAAUAGAAAGAGGUGAAGCAAGGAUCCAAAGAAGAAUAAGCAUUAAGAAAGCUCUUGACACAAAGAUUGGGCGUUAUAAAGCACCAUUUCAUCAACUAAGAAUAUCAUAUGGCACAAACAAAGGAAAAAAUUACACAGAAGAGGAGGAUCGUUUCCUGAUCUGCAUGCUUCAUAAACUGGGGUUUGACAAGGAAAAUGUUUAUGAUGAACUGAGACAGUGCAUCAGAAAUUCACCACAGUUCCGGUUUGACUGGUUCCUAAAGUCAAGAACAGCAAUGGAAAAGAGCAAGGACUUAAAAGACCUCAAACAUAUUCUGGUCUCUCCAGUUCCUAAAUUUCAUAGGAACUAUCCUGUGAAACAGGUCUUUGUUGGCAGGCAAUCCCAGACCCCCAACCCAAACCCUCCAAGGGAGCAAGAAACUACAUCACUUCUCAGCAUCUUCAAUGGCUGCUCAUGUGACUAA